UUUGAUUGUGACUUAUUAAGAGAAAGAAAUUAUAUGUAUGAGUAAAUUUUGUUGAAUCCUGUAUUAUGGGGGUGUUGAAAUUGGAAUUGACAAUAAUAGUAAAAAUUGAUCUGUGUUCUAUUUAAAUUUUAUAAUUUGUGCUGUGACAUGAAGAGCUAAAAGGGAACCUUACAAUUAUAUUAUUGCCGUACGCUAUACUCUAUAGUGCCAGCUAUGGCGACACAGCCCAGUGAUUACACAGAAUUUCCACCCGAAAUUAUCUUGAAGCCAUUGGCACUGAUCGGCCUUUCUGGACUAGACGCUGUUAACAAUGCCGUACAUAAGGAAAUAUGGGAUGCGUUCUCUAAUAACAGGCGGCCUGACCGCGCAUCAGUUCGUUUCAAACUACUCAAUAAUACCUUUGAAUUCCCAGUAGUAAAGCCUAAAAGAAACUCAUACGAAUGGUACAUACCUAAAGGCAUUCUAAAGAAGAACUGGAUUCAGAAGCGCGUGGCUCUAAUUCCCGCCGUAAUCGUCAUAUUUUACGAUAUGGAAUGGAACGAUCCUCAGUGGAAUGAAAAAAUAAUCGAAUGUGCGUCUAAGGUUCAGUCAAUUCGGGCGGCAGUCGAGGGGCACGCGACGCGCGUCGCCGUUGUCGUACUACAAAAUGGUCAGUCCCCACCACCAUCUGAGUACAUGCUUGGAGCGGAGAGAGCUCAAGCUUUGUGUGCUGCCUGUGAAAUACAAUCAAAAUCACUAUUUGUCCUUCCUCAUAGUGAUCAUCUGAUGGGUUACAUAAUACGUUUAGAGAAUGCUUUUUAUGAUAUCGCUCAGAAUUAUUAUCAUCAUGAAACCAAAAAUAUAAAACAACAUAGAGACCACUUGAAUAAAACUACUCACCAGUACCUGUUUGUGCGACACCAGUUUAAGUUGGGUUACCUGAAUGAGUUGAAACAAGACCUGAGUACUGCCCACAAGCACUACAUGCAUGCAUAUACAAAUUUACUAGAGACCAGGAUUGUUGACACCAACAUGCAUGAGGUGAGAACUGUUGCUGGAUAUAUUAACUAUAAACUAUGCAAAUUAUUAUUUGCUUUAAAUUUGCCAAGGGAUGCAAUAGCGCAACUUAAGUCACAUAUUGAAAGGUACAGGAGUAGAGUUGGAUCAACAGAGUUGCUAUUUGAACAUUAUGCAUGGAUAGCACGACAAUAUAGUGCCUUUGGUGAGUUAUUCGAUGAAGCAAUCAGAGCUGGGCUUCCAGCCAUACAGUCUCAGCAUCCUGGGUUUUACUACCAACAUGCAGCUCAGUUUACAGUAAAAAGAAGACAAGCAAUGAGAUCAGUUUGCAGUGAAGCAUUACAAUAUCCCCCAUCUCCAGAUCCAUUAGAGGGAAUUGUUGAAUUCUAUGGACAGCGGCCGUGGCGGCCUGGUCGGCUCAGUGCUGACCCUCAUGACCCUCAAAAGGAACAGGCUGCUGUUCUGGCACUGCAGUAUAAUGAGAGAAUGUUUAAUCACUCUUUAAUGAUUAUCGGUUUUCUAGGCUGUGCAAUUUCACAAUUUAAAACUUUCCACUCCCCUCGAAUGAGAAAACAACUCGUGGUUGAGAUGGCUAAUGAAUAUUUCUACUCUGCUGAUUAUGGCAAGGCUCUCACAUUACUGACACAUAUGCUUUGGGAUUACCGGAAAGAGAAAUGGUGGUUCCUAGCAUCACAUGUACUUAACAGAGCUCUGCAAUGUGCAUAUUUAUCAGCAAAAAUACAAGACUAUAUACAGCUCUCAGUGGAAGCCUUAUCAAACUACAUACAGGUGCCAAAUAAAGACAAGGACAGAAUAUACAGAAAUAUAAUAUCAGUUCUUAAUUUGAAUAUUCCUGCCCCAGAACCAGAUCUGCCAGUCUCUUCACAUAGCAGAGCGCUAGAGGCUUGGCAAGUGGCUAUUGAGAAAGAGCCUUUCACUAUUGCUGUUGACAUGUCCAAUAUUUCCAGCUUUCUGGAAGUAAAGCCAAAAUUCAGACAGCAAAAAUAUAGAAUGGAUCAGUUAGUUGAAGUAGAGAUCUAUGUUAGAUUAAUUUAUGAGACAGUCCUGGAAUCAGUACAAGCAUAUAUUACAGUUUCAAGUCCUACUGAGACAAUUGAAAUUCCAAUAACAGAAGAUGGAAAUAAUUUAAUUUCUUUAGUAGGAAAAAAGGUGAAGAGGUUCUUGUGCCAGUUCAAACCAAACCCAAAGGACAACAAUUCAGAUUUGCAUAUUAAAAAUGUUUCUUUUGUCCUUGAUUCUGAUAAAAAAAGAAAAAUAAUAAUGAAUUUUAAAAUAGGAGAAAACAAAUCAGACUCUGCAAUCCAUCCAGAGUUGUUACAUUUUAUUUUAAGUCCCAAGACAGAUUAUGAAUUUGACUGUAUUGUACCUUUACCAGUAACAACUAUAACAUCGAGAGAAUGCAAAUUGUCCAUAGCUAUAUCUAAUGCAUGUCCAGCUCUUCAAGGUGAAUGGUUUCCAACAACCUUUACAAUCACAAAUAAUGAAACUAGUCCCUUAUAUGAUGUCAAGAUCGCACUUUCUUUGUUGAGCUCACCUGACAAUCCAAAUCCAGAGUCAGUGACGGAACUGAGUUUAAAAGAAGGGCAACCACAAGCACAACCAAUUAAAAUAGUAGUAGGAAAUCUUGGCCACUUAUCUACUCAUGCAUGCACUUUUUAUUUAAAAACAAAUAGAACUGUGACCACAACAGUCCAAAUGAAAGUUUCAUAUUAUAUAGACCUCCCUGAAAUAUCAAAAUUAGAAUGUGUGAAGGAUUUCACUACAAAAAUAACAGUUAUAAAGCCCUUUGAGGUCAGCACUAAUUUUGUUGCUAUGAAUUUCAAACCAAUUACCAAAUGUUUUGUAGAGGAUCCCUUUAUUGUGACACCACAAAUAAAAAUUUUAAGUCCUUGGGAUUUACUAAUAUUGAAUACAGAAUUAGAAUUAGUGGAUUGUUUUAAACACCUUGAUGAUGACAAAGAAACAUCUUGCAUUAACAAUUUAGUAGUGGCUGAAAAAAAUGUAGCUUCAGAUGCAAUGUGCAUACAAGCAAAGUACAAACCAAAAGAUAAUCCAACAAGAGUGGGCCUAUAUAAUAUUACUUGGAAACGGAGAAGUAACACUGAUGGCCAUUGUGUCAUGAGUAGCACAGCCCUAUCAGGGGUGCCCAUUGAUGUCUGCCCAAUAGCAAUCAAAGUCAAUUACCCAGAAGUAGUAGAACUGCAAACUUCAGUAUCUCUCAAGUGCACUUUGUUUGGCCAAUCCAAUACUCCAAUUAGACUAAGUCUUACUGUGGAGGGAACUGAUGCAUACAUGUUCUCUGGUUAUAAGAAACUGUCAGUGACAAUACCUCCUAAGGAUAAACUGGAGUUGUGUUACAACAUUCACCCCCUGGUGGUAGGAAACACCACUCCCCCAAGAUUAAAAGCCACCGUGAUAGGGGACAGCUCAAUACAAGAAGUAGUCAAAGAGAUGUUUGACAAAAUCUUUCCACAGAAUAUAUUUGUUAUGCCUAAGUACAAUAAAUAAUAAUGGUAUUGUGUUGCUUCUGUUUUAUUACAUUGCAAACUGUAAAUAAUUCUGAACAAAGUGUAUAAGUUGUAUUAUGGUUACCUUGUAAUUCUUAAAUUAAAUAAAUCAGUUAUUUGUUAAUAA